CGCGUGGCUUGAAUGGGAGGUAGCGCUUUUUCCUGAAAAGUCAUGCGCAUUGAACACACGUGUACCCCUCAGUCUCAUUGCACACCGAAGAUGGCGGACGUUGAAAUGAACUCUGCCAAAAAACAGAAGAAGAAGAAGGAAAAGACAGUUUCUGAUGAUGACGUUGGGGAUAUUCAGGAGAGUGGUGAUUUCCUCAUCAAACCAGAGUCCAAAGUUGCCAGUCUGGACACAUCUCAGUGGCCAUUGCUGUUGAAAAAUUUUGACAAACUCAACAUUCGGACAGCUCACUACACACCUUUGCCAAAUGGCUCAAACCCUUUGAAGAGGAGCAUUCAGGAUUAUGUUCGGACAGGCUUCAUCAACUUGGACAAGCCUGCAAAUCCCUCCUCUCAUGAGGUGGUGGCCUGGAUCCGACGUAUCCUGCGAGUGGAGAAGACUGGCCACAGUGGCACCCUGGACCCCAAGGUGACUGGCUGCCUCAUUGUGUGUGUGGACAGAGCCACACGACUGGUCAAGUCCCAGCAGAGUGCAGGCAAAGAGUAUGUGGGAAUUGUUCGGCUGCACAAUGCUAUUGAGAAUGAGCACACACUUGCUAGGGGAAUUGAAACCCUCACAGGUGCUUUGUUCCAGCGACCACCUCUCAUCGCAGCCGUUAAGCGCCAGUUGAGAGUUAGGACCGUUUAUGAAAGCAAACUCAUUGAGUACGACCCAGAGAGGAGAUUGGGUAUUUUCUGGGUGAGCUGCGAGGCGGGGACCUACAUCAGGACCCUGUGUGUCCAUCUGGGGCUCCUCCUUGGUGUUGGUGGUCAGAUGCAGGAGCUGAGGAGAGUUCGCUCUGGUGUUCUGGGCGAGAGGGACAACCUGGUGACCAUGCACGAUGUGCUGGAUGCUCAGUGGCAGUAUGACCACAACAAGGACGAGACGUACCUGCGCAGAGUCAUCUACCCACUGGAGAAGCUUCUGGUGUCGCACAAACGUUUGGUCAUGAAAGACAGUGCAGUGAAUGCGAUCUGCUAUGGAGCGAAGAUAAUGUUGCCUGGUGUCCUACGAUAUGAAGAUGGCAUCGAGAUGAACCAAGAUAUUGUGGUGAUAACAACCAAAGGAGAGGCCAUUUGUAUAGCUACUGCCCUCAUGACUACUGCAGUGAUCUCCACGUGUGACCACGGUGUCGUGGCCAAGAUAAAGAGGGUCAUCAUGGAACGCGACACCUACCCCCGCAAGUGGGGCUUGGGGCCCAAGGCCAGCCAGAAGAAGAUGAUGAUCCAGAAGGGACUGCUGGACAAACGCGGCAAAGCCAACGACAGCACUCCAUCAGACUGGAAGGAUGGCUACGUAGAUUACAGUGCGUCCAAGCCCAAGGCUGAAGAAACCGGCAAUGGGGACGCAAAGAGGAAGAGGGAAGACAGCGAUAGUGAUGCUGCGGCAGCCUCUGCACCUUCCACUCCAUUGGCAGAAGACCCCAAGAAAGAGAAGAAGAAGAAAAAGAAGGAAAAAAAGCAAAAACUGGAGCACCCAGCUGCAGAGGCGGCGGAGCCAGCAGCAGAGACAGAAGGAGAGGUGGGCGAGAGUGCCAGGAAGAAGAAAAAGAAGAAGAAGAAGGAAGCAGAUGCAGAAGCGGAGUGAAGAGCUUAUGGACAAUGAAAGGACCAUAGAAUUGUGAGGGUCCAGAAUGUGUGCCUGCAGAUAUUUAUCCUACAGAUGCAGCAGGUGCUGAAGAGACAGCAGGCGGGGCAAGAACCGAGUACAACAUUUUUUGUUUUGUUAAUCUGUCCAGAAUGACCACAAAUGGCAAAUCAUAAGGGGCUAGUCUUGUGAUCAUACGGUUGUGACAUCUCAACUAGAGCCAUUCAGGCCCUACCCAUGCCUGUGACAUUCAGUCUACCCAUAUCCGGGACUUUCAGGCCUUUACCCUACCCAGGCCCGAUUGCUGCUUCCAAAUUUAAAGCCCGGCCCUACCCGAAAUCAGAAGUAACUUCCUCUGUUAAUAAAUCCAUGAGCGACUUCUCUCCGUCACUCAGUCCCUGGGCACAAGGCAGCUGGCUCUACAUGCACUCUGUGAAUAUCCACAGCAGCGGCUCCACUUAAGCUUCUCUGCUCAAUAAUCGAGACCUGUUAAGUACUUUUGUCACACAACUCCAACUCAAGGAACAUUUAUUUUCUGUGAAAUAAAUCUCUCCUGGUGUUUAUUUGCGGUUGAAGCACUUCUGACACAAUGUUCAGACUUUAGUCUGAUGUGACUAAUGUGCAGCAGAGCACUAGCAAGUGGGCCAGCUUAACAUGUUAGUGAUCAAUUUAGUGAUACCAUACCCUAGUUAUUUUAUGAGGGAAAACACAGGCCUAAACCUGAUGUAUAAUGUCGUGGUUGGGUAGCAGAGCCCUGAUUUCAACAAUCCCUGUAUGACCUUGCUUUUGUACUCAAAUCUUGUUUUUACGUGUUUUAACUACUGUCCCUAUGUGGACUUUGGUUUACUCUGGGCGUACCCUCGACUGUGUGAAAUGCCAUGGGCAUUUUUUUUUUUAUAUUGUACUGUAAAUACAAAUGAGCUGUAAUCAUAAAUUGACAUUUGAAAUGAAAUGGUUUUUGUUAUGCU